CUGCUCGCCGCUCGGCCGGGCUGUGCUGCCUCUGCCCCGCCGCUGCGCCCGAGCCGGGGCUCCCGGAGCUGGGGGCGCGGCCGCGCUCGCCUCGUCGGGCCGGGUGCUGGCAGGCCCUGCCCUGAAGGGACGAAGCCACGCGGAGCGCGGGAGGUGGAGCCGCCCGACUGCCGCUCCGCGUCUCUUCCCGGCGCGGGUUCCCGGGACCCGAGCUAGGGCGGCCCCAGGCCACUGCCCAUGCGGGGCGCCCCCGGCUCGCAAGAGUCCUUCCGGCGGGGAGCAGCUCCAGGCGGCAGCCCGGCAGGAGGAGAAAGAGGGGACUGUGCUCAGCUCGGGCGACGCCGACCUGCCCCGUGGCGUUUGGAGCCCAAGGCUGUCCCGAAGUCUGCGCUUGGCACCGACGCUCCGGCUAGAGCCACGCCGGUCAGGAUCCCGACCCGGACCCCCUGCACUUCGGAGGCGUCGUUGUCACCGCGUCACUCAGCUCUUCCGCGGUCUCCCUCUGCCUCGGGGUAGUCACGGCCAAGAAAGUAUUAUGAGGGAGACUGAGGACUUCAUGCUCUGGACAGAGACACAGCGCGACAAUUAGAGAUUGCCACUUCUGAGAGGAUGCUGGGAAUCUGCAGAGGGAGACGGAAAUUCCUGGCUGCCUCUUUGACUCUGCUCUGCAUCCCAGCCAUCACCUGGAUUUACUUGUUUGCUGGGAGCUUUGAAGGUCUAGAGCCUUGGCUCCUUUGUCUACAAAGCAGGCCCUGGGACCAGCCACUUUACAGGCCCAUCGUGGCUUUGUGGAAUGAUGGGAAGCCUGUGUCCUUGUCUCCGCUGGAGUCCCAGGAGCACAGUCCCAGGUACACAGCCUCCAGCCAGCGGGAGCGGGAGAGCCUCGAGGUGCGGGUACGAGAGGUGGAGGAGGAAAACCGAGCUCUGCGCAGGCAGCUCAGCCUGGCCCAGGGCCGAAGCCCUGCUCACCGCCGUGGGAACCACUCCAAGACCUACUCUAUGGAGGAGGGAACUGGGGACAGCGAGAAUCUGCGGGCUGGCAUCGUGGCAGGCAACAGCUCGGAGUGUGGACAGCAGCCAGCUGUGGAGAAGUGUGAGACUAUCCACGUGGCCAUUGUCUGUGCCGGUUAUAAUGCCAGCCGAGAUGUUGUCACCUUGGUCAAGUCGGUCCUCUUUCACAGGCGGAACCCUCUGCACUUCCACCUCAUCGCUGACUCCAUUGCGGAGCAGAUCUUGGCUACACUCUUCCAGACCUGGAUGGUACCCGCGGUACGCGUGGACUUCUACAACGCUGACGAGCUCAAGUCUGAAGUUUCCUGGAUCCCCAACAAACACUACUCUGGGAUUUAUGGCCUGAUGAAGCUGGUCCUGACCAAGACCCUUCCUGCCAACUUGGAGAGAGUCAUUGUCCUGGAUACCGACAUUACCUUUGCAACUGACAUUGCCGAGCUGUGGGCUGUGUUCCAUAAGUUCAAAGGACAGCAGGUCCUGGGCUUGGUAGAGAACCAGAGCGACUGGUAUCUUGGAAACCUAUGGAAAAAUCACCGGCCAUGGCCAGCCCUAGGAAGGGGCUACAACACAGGGGUGAUUCUGCUGCUUUUGGAUAAGCUGCGGAAGAUGAAAUGGGAGCAGAUGUGGAGGCUGACGGCAGAGAGGGAGCUCAUGGGCAUGCUGUCUACCUCCUUGGCUGACCAGGAUAUUUUCAAUGCUGUCAUCAAACAAAACCCCUUCCUGGUCUAUCAGCUCCCCUGCUUCUGGAACGUGCAGCUGUCAGACCACACUCGCUCCGAGCAGUGCUACAGAGAUGUGUCUGAUCUCAAGGUCAUCCAUUGGAAUUCUCCCAAGAAGCUAAGGGUAAAGAACAAGCAUGUGGAGUUCUUCCGCAACCUCUACCUGACCUUCCUGGAGUAUGAUGGCAACCUCCUGCGGCGGGAGCUGUUCGGCUGCCCCAGUGAGACCGAUGUCAACAGUGAGAAUCUUCAGAAGCAGCUGUCGGAACUGGAUGAGGAUGACCUGUGUUACGAGUUCCGGCGAGAGCGGUUCACUGUCCACCGAACCCAUCUGUACUUCCUGCACUACGAGUACGAGCCUGCCGCUGACAACACGGACGUCACCCUGGUCGCUCAGCUUUCCAUGGACAGACUCCAGAUGCUGGAAGCCAUCUGCAAGCACUGGGAGGGGCCCAUCAGCCUGGCCCUCUAUCUGUCUGAUGCCGAGGCCCAGCAAUUCCUCCGCUAUGCCCAGGGCUCUGAGGUGCUCAUGAGCCGCCACAACGUGGGUUACCAUAUCGUGUACAAGGAAGGCCAGUUCUACCCAGUGAACCUCCUGCGCAACGUGGCCAUGAAGCACAUCAGCACUCCCUACAUGUUCCUGUCUGACAUUGACUUCCUGCCCAUGUAUGGGCUCUAUGAGUACCUCAGGAAGUCUGUCAUCCAGCUUGACCUCGCCAACACCAAGAAAGCGAUGAUAGUCCCUGCGUUCGAGACUCUGCGCUACCGGCUCUCUUUCCCCAAGUCAAAAGCAGAGCUGCUGUCGAUGCUGGACAUGGGGACCCUCUUCACAUUCAGGUAUCACGUCUGGACUAAAGGCCACGCACCCACAAACUUUGCCAAGUGGCGGACUGCCACCACGCCUUACCGGGUUGAGUGGGAGGCUGAUUUCGAGCCCUAUGUUGUGGUGAGACGAGACUGCCCUGAGUACGACCGGAGGUUUGUGGGCUUUGGCUGGAACAAGGUGGCUCACAUCAUGGAAUUGGAUGCACAGGAAUACGAGUUCACAGUGCUGCCCAACGCCUACAUGAUCCACAUGCCUCAUGCCCCCAGCUUUGACAUCACUAAGUUCCGUUCCAACAAGCAAUACCGCAUCUGUCUCAAAACCCUGAAGGAAGAGUUCCAGCAGGACAUGUCCCGACGCUACGGCUUUGCCGCUCUGAAAUAUCUCACGGCCGAGAACAACAGCUAACACCAAGAAGGCGCUGCUAGGGAAAGACGUGCUACAAGGGAAGAGCGGCUCCCUGCCCGGGGCCCAGCCUGCCAAGUCAGAGUGGAGCACUGCUUGUUUGGGUUUGUUUUCCUUUGUCUCUUUGGCCCCACAACGCUUCUCUCAUCUGAGCUCUUGGAGGAGGAUCCAGCCCAUCACCAUGAGUCACUUCCAGAAUGGGCAUAGGAGGGUGAGAGCUAGUGAAAGGUUACCAGCUUACCACAAAGCCACAAACCAAGGCAGGGCUUCUGCACGGUCCCAUUGAUUUUUUUAGCAAUUAUGGGUCCAAUCCUAGCUGGGGAGAAAGAAGCCAGAGUGCUGGGCGUUAGUCACUCCAGGAAAUAAGAGCAAAAUAUCUUUUCCUGGUAAGGAAAUUCUGUUUUCCCUGCAAUAUAGCUGUGUACCGAAGGGAGGGUGAGCCAAGGACCCAACAACUAGCUGGAGACCCCCGUGUGGACAUUGUAUAUGCAGGGACCUGGAGGUAGAGUCCAUUGGUUCUUUAUCCUCAAAGUCAUUCUUGUUUUGUUUCGUUUGAUUUGUUUUAGUUGGGGGAUUUUUUGUUCAUUUUUGCUCUGGGAGUCCCAAAUUUAAAAAUUGAAUCCUUAAGGCUCUAAAGGAAAAAAGUCACUCCCUCAACCAGCAUCACUCUAUCAGCAGUGGCCCAGCAAGAAGGCAGGCGUCCUCAGCAAAUGCUCACACAUGGGCAGCUUCCUUCAGGAUUAGCACCAAUGCUCCAUGAUGCUGAGUCCCUAACUGAAGAAUCGAGGGCCAUGGCAGGGACCGCGGAAAGUUGAGGCCAAACACUGUAUGCUAGUCACAUUUUCUAUAGACAGUGACGAGUCGCAAGGCAAGGGCUCCAAUGGAACCGUUUUAGUGUUCAUGGAAGGUACUUGCCUAGUUCACAGGAGCCCAAUCCGUCGUGACCACAUGGAAGCCUCUGGAAGAAAGGGGUUGGGUGCCUCUGUGUACUUCCCUGCCUCACUUUGGAAGGAGGGGAACUGGUGACCUCCAUUUCCCCUCAGGACCUGUCUGAAGGUUGGCAAACACCACAUUGUUACACAGAUGGAGGAAACACUGGACUUUUUACCCAUUUUCUUUAUUCUUCAUUAUUAAUGUUGUGUUUACAUUGAUGAGAACAAGAGUUAAUGCCCUACCCUCUGCUGGGCUGUUUGUAUUGAGUUGCCAUGUAACCAGCGAAAGCUGCAUUCAAUAAAUGAAAGUCAGACUGUUUCUUCCCCA